AUGGCAUCUACAACGACAACUUCAACAGAUGAUCCUCUUCACGAGCCACCGGACAGCAGAAAUAUAGGUCAUGAUGGCCUAUUCAAGCUUGGAGACUUCACUCGAUUGAACUCGCAAAGCCUGACGGGAUGGGCCUCCCCGAAACCGAAAAUCGCCAAGGACUCCAACUCGCCCCCCGCACUUGGAAACUUCAAGAGACUAUUCGAGCAACUUCGUUUCAAAGAUAAUGGGACGCCUCAGCACCGGCCAGUAGUUGCCUCUGUAAAGGCACAGCCGGUCACGAUACUGACGACGUCCCUCGAAUCAGUAUCACUCGCCAAGGCGGUUAAUGUCCCCAAUAUUUUGGCCGGACCAAUCUUCGACCCAAUCACCGAUUCAGAGACUGGUGGUGGCUCUGACACUGAUGCGUUGCCUGCCGAUUCAUAUUCAACUGCUGCUUCAACACCGCCAAGCUCGAAUGAGUCUCCUCUCAAGGAUUUUGAUGAGACGAAGAAGAGCAAGACCAAAGUUGUAAAAACAAAAGAAAAAUCCCAUUCAAGAGGAAAUUCCGAGCCUAAAGUGGUGGUUUGGGACCUUGUUCGACCAGAAUCGGUUAAGCAUGUCCUCUCGUACCAACCUUUUAAAUACGGCCCCAUCUCCGAAAUUCACAGCAAUGUGCUGCCGACUUCGGCCAAACACGAAAGUCUCAUGGGCAAGCUAGUCGAUGAGCGCAUCAUUGACUCCAUGAUCUGCAGCGACUUUUCUACUAUUGCGGGCAACGGAAUUCACGUCUUCGUUGACAUGUCCAACAUCGUUAUCGGCUUCCAGAAAGCCUUGAGGGCCAGAUUUGGCAUUCCCGAGUCUUCGCGCUUCGUACCACUUCCCCAAAUGAACCUCCCUUUCUUCCACGAACUCCUUACUCGCGAUCGCUACGCCGAAUGGCUCAACGUAGGCUGUUCCAUGCGUCCCGAUCGAGGCGAACCUCCUUUCAUUCAAGAGCUGAAAGAUCUUGGGUAUCGAGUCGACCUUCGCAGCCGUCGUGCUGAGCAGUCUGGUUCCAACGAGCACACCACUUCCGAGACUGGCGGUUUUCGCUAUGUCGAGGAUAUGGUUGACGAAACACUUCAAAUCCGAAUUGGCGAAUCUGUUAUGCAGUAUUUUGAGAUGCCGGGCACACUCGUUAUUGCCACUGGGGAUGCCCGGCCGGCCAAAUACUCGGAUGGCUUUCUCGCAUAUGCUCAACGCGCCCUGAAAAUGGGCUGGAGCGUUGAGGUUGUGUCAUGGAAAGCAAGUCUUUCAUCCGCCUGGAACGCACUCCUGAAGGAUAAGACCAUCGGUUCUCGAUUUCGUAUUAUUGAACUCGAUCAGUUUGUUGACGAGCUCUGGAUCUGCUGA